AUGAAGCUCGUAACACAUGAUGGCAAUUUUCAUUAUGACGAAAUACUUGCAACAGCCGUGCUGUUGAAGAUCUAUCCCGAUGCCGAAGUUAUACGAACAAGAGUGCGAGAAGUAAUAAAUACUGGAGAUAUUGUUUAUGAUGUUGGCCAGACCUAUGAUCCCUCAAAAUAUCGCUAUGAUCAUCACCAGAAUACGUUCCACGACACAUAUUCACCACAGUACAACAUACGGCUCAGCUCUGCUGGUUUAAUAUUCAAGCACUUCCAUGACAAACUUUUUGAAAGGUAUGGAUUUACAAGGCAAUCCACAAUAUUUGAAGAAAUAGUUGAGAAAGUGUACUUUGAGUUUUUUCUUCCUGCUGAUGCGAUUGAUAACGGCUAUGACAGUGUUUUUGGGGCAAUCCGAGCAAGGACAGUUGCUGAUGUUGUCAAAAACUUCAAUGUUUAUAGUGAAAAUACCAUGACCAGAGACGAAAAUCUGAGAUUUGAAACAGCCCUGGACUUUGUAUCUAUGGAUUUAGAUAACUAUCUAAAAUACGUGCUGUGUGAAUAUGCUUUAAGCUACGAACACUUUUACAACGUUCUCAAGGAUUUUGCAGGCGAUAUUUUUGUAACCGACAAAAAGGUAGCCACGGAUCUUUUGUAUGAGCUUAACGAAAAGUUACAAAAAAAUAUAAAGUUCAUUAUUGUCAAAAACGAUAAUGACUUCCGAAUAAUUACCAUCCCUGUUGAGAGAGGUAAGUUUGCCAUCAAAUAUCCUUUGCAUCCAAAAUGGAGGGGUCUUUCAGGCACAAAUCUCGAUGAAGUUUCUGGAAUCAAUGGGUGUGUGUUUGUACAUGCUAGUGGAUUCACCGGUGGAAACAGCACUCUUGAGGGUGCUGUUGAAAUGUGCAGAAAAUCGCUAGAGUGGUUUGAGAGGUGUCUUUAA